CGAAGACCUGAGCUAGAACGCGCAUCAUCCGCGUACUCUGUGUGCAUAUCCGUUGUGACCCGUGCGGCAACGACACAAUUAACGUUCGCUCGAUUCCCAUUAAAAACCUGUGUUUUCCGUAUUGGACACUGGUUCUUUUGUUGUAUUCAGUAUUGGUUCCACUCGAAUCCGAGUGGGACACGCGAUGCCAGUACGUUAGAGGGGCUGACACGGGGCGCGCGAGUGCAACAGCGGACAUGGCAGCGGAUUUUGACGACUGAUACUGCUACUCCUGGCGAUCGCACAGGGGCAGUUUAAGGCGCGCUGAAAGUGGCAGUAGCGUAGGAAACCUUGCGGGAUAAAGUAACGAGAAGGAAGAGCAUACAGCGCGCAGCUGCGUGCACUUCUACGAAAAUAGAACUUCACACGGUUGUGUGUGGAGGCCAACACGACGAAAGGAGCGCAGAGUGUGACAUUAAGGCGAUCAUAGAAUGUCGCGCGUGUCGCUCAACAAGUCGCAGUACAGCCAGUACGGCUCGCGUCGCGUGCGGAAGAUCAGCACGACGGAAAGUGAAUACUCUGUGGAGGAGAAUGCAAGAUUAACUAGUACCGAUGGAACAGGUGAUGAAACAUCUCCAGAUGAUGAAGGGGGAUCACUAUGUGAAUACCAUGAUAUACCACCUCCACCGGAUGGUGGUUAUGGUUGGGUGGUGGUAUUUGCAUCCUUCAUGUGUAACAUGAUAGUAGAUGGUAUUGCUUAUACAUUUGGUGUUUUUCUGGGAGAAUUUGUUACAUGUUUUGGAGAAGGGAAAGGCAAAACUGCAUGGGUUGGCUCAUUGUUAUCCGGCAUGUAUCUUAGUGCUGGACCUGUUGUCAGUGCUUUAACAAAUAAGUAUGGAUGUAGGGCAGUAUGUAUGGCUGGGAGUUUUUUAGGCGCAGUGGCAUUUGUACUUUCAACAUUUUCAACCAGUGUAAAUAUGCUUAUGCUGACUUAUGGUGUUAUGGGAGGAAUUGGAUUUGGUCUAAUAUAUUUACCAGCAGUAGUUUGCGUAGGUUAUUAUUUUGAAACCAAAAGAUCUCUAGCUACAGGCAUUGCUGUAUGUGGUUCAGGGUUUGGCACAUUUGCAUUCGCACCUCUUGCAACAAUGUUAUUAGAAGCAUAUAGUUGGAAGGGAGCAAAUUUAAUUCUCGCUGGCCUUAUUUUAAACUGUGCUGUGUUUGGUGCGCUAAUGAGGCCAUUGGAAUACCCCAAAGCAUCGUCCGUUAAACCGUUAUUACAAAGAAUGGCAGAAGAGAAAAGAUUUCAAAUGGAGCGUGGAAGUAUCGGCGGUUCAUAUUUCAUGGUUCAACUGCCUGAUGGAUCCAUGGAGAAAAGAAUGAAGAUGCCUAUUAAUAUUGAUCCUGGUGUACACUCUAGUUUCAAUUUAGACCAAUUAGUGCCUGGAACUCCUUUAACACCAGUUCCAACGGUGCCAACCCUCCCAACUAUAUCGGAAGUGAAAGUACAAGAACACUCCUCCAGUGGAGCAACUAGUAAUAGUGGCAGUAUGGAUUUAAAGAAUAUUUCCACCAAGUCAAAAAGCAAAAGAAAUAUCGACGAUACCAAAGAUACAAAAGAUGCAGAAAAGUCUGAAAGCGAGUUCAAGCCAGUGAUGCCUAGAAAUGCUUCACAGCCAGCUUUCACAACUCAUGUCCAAGGCUUACCUAAGAACGGUUCUGUACCUUUCUUCGAUAGAAUUCGCAAAACUAGUACUGGAGAAAGAUAUAAACCAAGUCUCAGUGCGAUUAAGAAUUCCAGAACAACAUUGAACUCUAAUGGCGAUAUUAGGAAAAGUUUGCACCUAAGACUUUCGACGAACAGCGUGAUGGGUUCACGGAAUAAUAACGCGGAAGUUGAUGAUGGUGAAAGCAUUACCUUUACAACUAGCAAAUCUAGUAUUCCAAAGGAAAAGCCACAGAUUAUCCGGCCUUUGUCAAGGAAAGACAUUUUUUACAGUGGCAGUGUAGUUAAUUUACCAGAAUAUCAGAGUCAAAAGUCACUCGCAAAUUAUCGUCAAAGUGUCAUUUCUUUACCAAAAUCUGUUCGUGGUGAUAUUAAAGAUACCGACGUCGAGAAAGCUCCUCAACAACCACUAUGCCCUUGCUUGGUGUUGCCUGACUCGUUUAAAGAGGCUUUAGCGACGAUGAUGGAUGUAUCUCUACUGAAGAAUCCAGUAUUUCUUUUAAUUGGUAUCAGUAACGUGUUUGGAAUGGCUGGCUUGUAUGUUCCCUUUGUAUAUUUAGUAGAUGCUGCCAAGAAAGAUGGUAUUGAAAGCAAUUCUGCGUCAUUUUUACUAUCCAUUAUUGGUAUUACGAACACCGUGGGCCGUGUAGCUUGUGGGUAUGUCGCGGACUUCCCACAAGUAGAUUCUUUGCUGCUGAAUAAUAUCUGUUUAAUCAUAUCGACGGUUGCAGUAGCUGCAACUCCAUUUUGCCAUUCUUACCUAUCUUAUAUUUUCAUGAGCAUUUUCUUCGGUAUAGCUAUAUCUGGAUACAUUUCAUUGACAUCAAUCAUCUUGGUAGAUCUCUUGGGGUUAGACAAAUUGACGAACGCAUUCGGCCUUCUAAUUUUAUUCAGAGGAGCUGCUGCUAUCAUUGGUUCACCUCUGGCAGGUGCCGUUUACGAUGCGACGGGAAGUUAUAGCAUCCCAUUCUUCAUGGCAGGAUUCUUCUUCUUCAUGAGCACCGUGACCAGUUUCAUGGCUCCGGCUAUGAAACGGUGCACAACGCCGCAGACUCAGCCUGUGAUAUUAGAUACACUGACUCCGAUCGACGAAGAUAUCGAGGAAGAGAACGAGGACGAUAUUCCUGAAAUCGUGGAAACUGCGCCAUCUCCGCAAGAACCACCCGAAAAAGAAAUUAAACAAAUAGAGUCUGUUUUAUAAGUCUGGUCCCCUUAAGGAGAGAGAAAUCGCCUUCACCUCCGAGCCACACUGUGAUAGGGCUGCUGCUUUGAGAAGGUCUGACAAAAGGUACUUCUUCGUUAUACAUUUUAACGGAUAUAGCACAAAUUAAUGAGUACAACCUGGUGGUAUUUUUGACGUACUUAGAAUUUUUGCAGUUAUAUCUAAUUUUUUUUUAUGAAUCUAAUAUAUUAUAUAUAUUAUAUAUAUAAAUAUACG